UCUCUUCGAGUUAAAGAUAAAAUAAAAAGCCUGACGAGUUAUAUGGGGUUUCUUUUCUAAUUUCCCAAUCCAGUCACAGUUAGUCUCACGCUUCCGUUCCCUUUGACUCCAUUCUCCCUCCGUAUUUUCCUUUGUGUCUUGUUUCUCACAGAAUUCCCAAGAAAUUACGGAGGGAAGAUAAGUGAAGAGAAGGAUGGGAAUUCCGGCGAGAAGAAGCGGUGGCGGAGGAGUGGCGGGGGUGGAUGUGCUCAGUGGGAGAGCAGCACAGAUGAGAGAGGCUCUGAUGAAGAGCCAGUCCAUUACAGACAAUAUGGUCUCAAUCCUGGGAUCCUUUGACCACCGUCUCUCCGCUCUUGAAACCGCCAUGCGCCCUACUCAAAUUAGAACGCAUGCAAUUCGAAGAGCUCAUGAAAACAUCGAUAAAACCUUGAAGGCUGCUGAGGUCAUAUUGUCACAAUUUGACCAAACCCGCCAGGCUGAAGCAAAAAUAUUGAAAGGUCCCCAUGAGGACCUGGAAAGUUAUCUUGAGGCAAUCGAUCAACUACGGAACAACAUUCAGUUUUUCAGCAACAACAAAAGCUUUAAGAGUAGUGAUGGAGUCCUCAACCACACAAAUACUUUACUUGCCAAGGCCAUAUCAAAGUUGGAAGAAGAAUUCAAACAACUUCUGUUUUCUUACAGCAAACCUGUAGAACCCGAACGUCUUUUUGAAUGCCUUCCCAAUUCCAUGAGACCAUCAUCAGGGUCACCUGGAGACUCUAGUGGCAAGCAUCCAUCAUCAAAUAAUCACAAUGAUCAACAAAAUCAUGUUGCGGACAAUUCUGUUUACACUACACCAACUCUGAUUCCCCCCCGAAUUCUGCCUUUAUUGCAUGAUCUAGCACAACAGAUGGUUCAAGCUGGAAAUCAACAUCAAUUACAGAAACUAUAUAGAGAUAUCCGGUCUCCAGUUUUAGAAGAAAGCCUUCGCAAGCUGGGUGUGGAAAAGCUCAGCAAAGAUGAUGUUCAAAAGAUGCAGUGGGAAGUUUUGGAAGCUAAGAUUGGGAACUGGAUCCAUUUUAUGCGGAUUGCAGUCAAGUUGCUGUUUGCUGGAGAACGUAAAGUCUGUGAUCAAAUUUUUGAGGGCUUUGACUCUCUCACAGAUCAGUGUUUUGCUGAUGUUACUACUGGAAGUGUUGCUGUGCUACUUAGCUUUGGAGAUGCCAUUGCUAAAAGCAAGAGAUCCCCUGAAAAGUUAUUUGUGCUUUUAGAUAUGUAUGAAAUCAUGAGAGAGCUUCAUUUAGAGAUAGAAGCACUUUUCAGAGGUAAAGCUUGCAAUGAAAUUCGAGAAUCUGCUGUGGGAUUGACAAAAAGGCUUGCUCAAACUGCACAAGAUACUUUUGGUGACUUUGAAGAGGCAGUUGAGAAAGAUGCUACUAAAACUGCUGUUGCAGAUGGGACUGUCCAUCCUCUUACUAGCUAUGUGAUCAACUAUGUGAAAUUCUUGUUUGACUACCAAUCAACACUGAAGCAACUUUUCCAAGAGUUUGAAAAAGGAGACGACUCAAAUUCACAGCUAGCAGCUGUAACAAUGCGAAUCAUGCAAGCACUUCAGACCAAUUUGGAUGGGAAAUCUAAGCAAUAUAGAGAUCCCUCUCUUACACACUUGUUUCUGAUGAACAACAUCCAUUAUAUGGUCAGAUCUGUUCGCAGGUCAGAAGCCAAGGAUUUGUUAGGUGAUGAUUGGGUUCAGAGACAUCGGAGAAUUGUGCAGCAACAUGCAAACCAGUAUAAGAGGAUUGCUUGGGCAAAGAUCCUGCAAUGCCUUUCUGUCCAAGGCUUGACAUCAUCUGGGGGUGGCAGUGCUGUUGGCCCCGAUGGUGGAAAUAGUAGUGGGGUUUCUAGAGCGAUCAUCAAGGACAGAUUAAAGACGUUCAAUAUGCAAUUCGAAGAGCUUCAUCAAAGACAAUCUCAGUGGACUGUGCCUGAUACUGAGCUUCGAGAAUCACUGAGGCUUGCUGUUGCUGAAGUCUUACUUCCAGCAUACAGAUCCUUCAUUAAGCGAUACGGGCUCUUGGUGGAGAAUGGUAAGAACCCCCAGAAGUACAUCAGGUACACACCUGAGGAUCUUGAGCAUAUGCUUGGAGAGUUUUUCGAGGGCAAGAGCUUAAAUGAGCCUAAGCGCUAGGCCUGAGUAACUCAGCUGGUCGACUCUACUCCACGACUCCCUCCCUUCAUUGACCUUGGCUUUUAAGCACCAUCUCCCCUGCUACUUAUCCUUGGCAUGACUUUAUAUGAUUGGGCUCUCUAGUUUAUUCCAUGUGCAGUGGCGUAUUUGUAUUAUUUGGCCCCAUUUGCUGUUGCUGUGAAUGUUUUUUUUUUUUUUUUUUCUGUUGCUGUGAAUGUUCCGGACAGAGACAUGAGAGAGUAGGGUGGUCAGAUUUUGGAUGUGCUUACCUUGUAAAAUAUGAAUAAUAUAUGUAUAUGUAUUCUUGUAAAUGCUCUUGUCAUUCGCCUUUAAGUUACUGCUCUGAGAACUUGCAA